GUUCUGUGCCUUGGGAGUUUUUGGGUGGAGGGACUGAUGAACCCUUUCGCAAAUUUCUCACCAUUUUCUUCUUUCGGUUCAUAUUUCUCGGUUUCAUCCUUUCCUUGUUUUGCUUCCUUAAACCCUAAACCCAAGUAGAGUGUAAACAGUAAUCAUCUUGGUCCAAAAGCCCUGCAAAAUUUAGUAUUAAACCCAUCAAAUUCUGCCCAUACUUCAAUAUAUAGAGUAAAAAAUGGGAUCAAUAUUAUGGAGGCAAAGAUACACAAUUCAUCACAUGGAGGCCAUCGCAUUCUCCCCUUCUUCUUCCUCCUCCUCCUCACAUUCAUCUUAUCCGUUCAAAUCCAUUCGGAAUUUCUUCACCCACACAAAUCCCACGAAUUUUCAAGUCGCCCCUUCAAAGUUUCUGACCCGCCCGAGGCGUUUCGAGCAUAAAAAUUGUGUCUUUUUGAACCUGAUCGUGCGCACAAAAUUCGAUUCUGCUACGUCGUUACCUAGAGUAGGCGAUUUUGCGUUGAGGCGGAAGCCCAAUUUUCCGGUGGGCAAAAGCAUUUCGCGCGUUUCUUCAUCGGCCAGUAGUAGUACUGUUGGGUGGAGCGAUGUUUCUUUCCCUGAAAUUGGGGAUGUCGAGGGAAGUGAAGGUGGCGGUGUUUCUUCUUAUGAAACUGAGGAUGAGAGAGUAACUGGUGUCUCGCAUUCUGUUCCUGUCAGGGCUUUUUUCCUCACCACUAGUGUGGACUUAAGGAGCUUAAUGGAUAACAACAGAGAUUCUGUAGUUCCAUCGUCAUCCCGUAUGACUAACUAUGUUGUUUUGAGAUUUGGCGCACCCAAUUCUGACACAAGUGCGUUGGGUGUUAGUUCCAGGGACAAUAAUUACCGUUACAUGGUAGUUUUUCAAUAUGGAUCAGUUGUCUUGUUUAAUGUUCCAGAACAAGAAUUUGAUGGGUACUUGGCGACCGUGAAGAAACAUGGUUCUGGAUUUCUGUCUGAGACCAGGAAAGAUGAAUAUGAAAUACGAGUCAACGAAAAUUUAAGCACAUGGAUGCGGGGAGGAUUGGAUUACAUCCUGUUGCAGGAUCUGGAAAUUGAUGGAAUCCGUACCAUUGGCAGUGUUCUUGGUCAAAGUAUUGCUCUUGAUUACUAUGUGCGCCAGGUUGAUGGAAUGGUUGCUGAAUUUACUGACAUCAAUCGUGGAAUGGAGAAAACGGGGACAUUUAAGAUGCAACGCAAAAAGCUAUUCCAGCUUGUUGGAAAAGCCAAUUCUAAUCUCGCUGAUGUAAUUCUUAAGCUUGGACUUUUUGAAAGGUCAGAUAUAGCAUGGAAGAAUGCCAAGUAUGCUCAGAUAUGGGAAUAUCUCCGAGAUGAAUUUGAAUUGACUCAGAGAUUUGCAAGCCUUGACUUCAAAUUGAAGUUUGUUGAGCAUAAUAUCCGCUUUCUCCAGGAGAUUCUUCAGAAUAGGAAGACAGACUUUCUCGAGUGGCUUAUCAUUGUGCUCAUUUCUAUCGAAAUUCUCCUGUCUGUUUAUGAUAUUGGCCACAGAGCAGGAUAUCUAUGAACACAUUGGUUCUCGGAAGGAUAUAAAAAUUCAUUUUGCUGACACGUCCCCUCAAUUUAUAUGUAUAUAGUCAAGGUUUUAAUGAUAGUGUUAACUUUGAAGAGAGGGAGGCAGAAGAACAUCUUUAAAUAAUUUAGUCUUAUGAACAACUUAUGCACGCAGUAUUCUUUUGAUGCAAUUCUUUUUUCUGCAAAGUAAUCAAUUGUCUGAAGUUGUACUGAGUUACAAUCCUUUGCUUACGUUCUUUUCUUUUUUGAAUGGGAAUUUGGCGUAGGGAUGUUCCAUAAAGUCAUGAACUACUCGAAACAGGAACUCAUGUCGACUGUCAUGUACCGCGUGAUUCAAAAGACCGCGCAGUUUUCAGGUCUGGAAGAAAGGAAAGAACUCAAUUCUGACAUUGCAAGUCACACUGACAAUUUGCGCUCCUUUUCCAUCAUAAAGAAACAAAAGAUCAUUGAUCCGAUCAUGAAUGCAGUCAGCACAGUUUGAAGAAGAAAUAUCCAAUGCACACUGAACCAAUCCGAAGACUUUCAGCCCUGAUGAUUCUUCAAGCUCAGCAACUGCCCUGGCAAACAGUUUCUUCGAUGCUGAAGCUUCAUCAGAGAGCUGAUUCAAAAACUUCCCUAUCUCAGCUUUUGAUGACAAUGAACUGCUUACAUCGUACUCACUCCUAAUCAGAUAUCCUGUACUGAAAGGAUGUCCAAAGAAGUCGAUGUCCGAGUAUGUGAGAGAACAAUGUUCAUACCAAAUGUUCCCAGCAAUGUUAAACGAGCAACUUCUUUGAAUCCCUGCUACUGCUUCAAGAAGACAUGUUCUGCAAUCUGCAGGGGAAACGCCACCCCGGCAGAGAGCUGAACCGUAAACAGGCUCAUUUUCUCCUUCCACUGACACAAAUUCGUAUCCAGUAGCAGGAGUUUUGAAAUAAAGAGUUCGUAAGAGGAUUCUCAAGUGUUUGUCAUAUGGACUGCCGGUGGUAAAGUUUUUGUUAGUGUCGCACCUGUAGAAAGCUGGUUCAACCCCGGCAACCAUUGGGACGAAUAGAAUAGCAAAUAGAUGAAGAAUCAGGCACAGUUUUUUGCCAUCCAUGAUGGGAAAUAAUCGAAUCCUAGAACUUUUGAGGUGAAGUGGGGGAAUUCAAACGGUUCGACCCACUAAUCAUUUUCAAAUUGACUUUAUAAGAGAAGAUAUAAAGAUUGCGGAAGAACAAAUACUGAUCAUACUAUAUUCUUCUUGACUCGUUCUGGCUUCUCUCUGCAGGCCAAUUGUGUUAUCUUGGCUAAAUAGCUGUUUUGCGAUUGAUCACAUUUGUUCUUUACGAAGCUCUUCAGGGAACAAGACACCGCCACACCGUAUACAUAACCUUACCAUCCUUUUAACAUCGAAUAGAGCACAAUAUGCAC